AUGGUAGCAGUCGUUAACGUUGUGAUGGGGAUGGCUUUUACCCUUCUGCCGAUUCCGGAGAUGAUAUAUCACUAUACUAUUACGGGUGAAUGGGGGUUCGAUUGUUUGUUCUGCAUUCUUUCCGCCCAUUUAUGUGUGCAUUUUAUGAUCUUGAAGUACGAUUUGGAAAACAUAACCAAUGAAUCUAUCGAUACCUACGGAAAGCUACCAACUUUAAACGAAAGACUAUUCAAUGUUGUGCAAAAACAUCAAAAGAUUGAAGAGUAUAAAAAAUCAAUGGAUGUAAUUUUCAAUUUUGCGCUGUUUUAUAACUUUUUUGUAAGUUCGUUCAUAAUUUGCAUUCAAGGCUUCAUGGUUACCGCAGCCUCUGGAUACACUUUGGUAAAAUUUGCACUCUUUCUUGCAAGUUUCCUCGUCGAACUAUUUCUUCUAUGUUUCUACGGACAGCACAUUGUGGAAAGCAGUGUUCAGGCAGCGGAAGCAGCGUACAACUGUCCGUGGUACAACACAAAUCGUCAGUUCCGAACGAUAAUCCUACAGAUGAUCAACAAAGCUCAAAUACCUUUAACUUUGAUGGCGUGGAAAAUAUGGCCCGUGGAUUUAAAUACCUUUGCAAGUAUUUUGAGUGCAUCAUGGUCUUACUUCACUCUGCUCCGAACGGUGUAUGCUGAUUAAUUUCGUUGCUGACUAGUCC